UCUCUGUGGCUCUGCGAGCGUCCGUGGGAGGCUCCGGGGGAAAAAAUCCCAGCUUUUUUUGACCUCCGGAGUUAAAGGAUGCUUAUCCGAGUUCUCUCCACCCAUCCCGCCCUCGCCUUCCGAAUGGCGACGCCUCUCUCCCAUUCGCCCCUUCUCAAAUCCCCUUCCUAUCUCUUUCUCCGCCACCAUUCCUUCGCUCCUCCAUCUCUCUCCUGCUUCUCCUCCUUCCGUUCCUUCUCUUCUCCUCUUUCUUGCCCCUUUUCUUCACUCUCUUCCGAUAGAUCCAGCAAGAAAUGGAUGCAGCCAAUCGCCGCUCUCCUCGAAAUCGGCGGCGUCAAGAUCGCCAGAGACGAUGUGGUAAAGGAGAGUGAUCCCGCGAACAAUGUCCCGGACACAAUAUUUUCAAAGCUCGGAACGGAGCUUCACCGACGAGAUAACCAUCCGAUCGGGAUUUUGAAGAAUGCCAUCUACGAUUACUUUGACACUAAUAUCUCGGCUAAGUUUGUCAAAUUUGAUGACUUAUGUCCCAUUGUUUCCGUCAAAGAGAAUUUUGAUGAUGUACUGGUUCCUGCUGAUCAUAUAAGCAGGAGUUAUAAUGAUACAUACUAUGUUGAUGCUCAGACCGUCUUGAGGUGUCAUACAAGUGCUCAUCAGGCAGAGUUAUUGAGGAAAGGACAUACCCAAUUUCUUGUAACUGGGGAUGUCUAUCGCAGGGACUCGAUUGACUCAACUCAUUAUCCUGUCUUUCAUCAGAUGGAAGGUGUUCGUGUCUUCUCUCCUGAUGACUGGGCGGGUUCUGGCAUGGAUGCAACAUCUUUUGCAGCCAUGGAUUUAAAGAAAUCUCUUGAGGGUUUGGCAAAGCAUCUUUUUGGUACUGUGGAUAUGCGCUGGGUUGAUACUUACUUUCCCUUCACUAACCCAUCCUUUGAAUUGGAGAUAUAUUUUCAGGAGAAAUGGAUGGAAGUGUUGGGAUGUGGAGUGACAGAGCAGGAGAUUCUCAGAAGAAGUGGUAGAACGGAUGGUGUUGCAUGGGCCUUUGGACUAGGGUUGGAACGACUUGCAAUGGUUCUCUUUGAUAUUCCGGACAUUCGACUUUUUUGGUCAACUGAUCAGCGAUUUACAUCACAAUUUUCUGAGGGAAAACUCGGGAUCAAGUUCAAGCCAUUUUCAAAGUAUCCUCCCUGCUACAAAGAUAUGAGUUUCUGGAUCAGCGAUUCUUUUACUGAGAAUAAUUUAUGUGAAGUUGUUAGAGGAAUUGCUGGAGAUCUUGUAGAGGAGGUGCAGUUGAUCGACAAUUUUACUAAUAAAAAGGGUAUGACCAGCCACUGUUACAGAAUUGCAUACAGGUCAAUGGAACGUUCACUAACAGACGAGGAGAUUAACCAACUGCAGUGGCGUGUUAGAGAAGCAGCGCAGAGUAAACUGAAUGUUGUGCUAAGAUAAGAUUUUACCCCAGGAGGAAUCAAUUUUGUCGUUGUAACUGUACAGACGCUAAUUUUAUACAAAUUGCAAUAAAAUGCUGCCAAUCAUGUUGUAUUCAGAUGUUCUUGAUAGUUCAAUUGGAAAGAAAGCACGCAUGUAGAUGGGCAAAUUAGUUACACUUGGUAAGGGCUAACAUAACUAUUGUGCUGUUUCUAUGUCUUGAUAUACUUUAUUAUAUAUUCAAGUUUAUAUCUAUUUUA